AGCCAGGUCAUCCCAACCGAAACGCAUGGUUGAUACACAGGCCCUUAUUCGGCACAAACGUGCCUCCUUGAAGUCCCGGGAUACUCAUUUCAUCGCGAAAAAGAGAGAAUACCGGAGGUUCGUUGAGCAACUGGGUUCUUCAGAAAGUGAACAAUGUCCAAACAUGAGUCAGAUGCCGAUGGUCAUCAUGCGUCAUCAGAUAUUAAACCAAUGCUCCGUUGUAAAAGCGGAUACAUGGAGCAUGAAAUGAACAACAACGAAAUCGGAGUCAAAGACAUGUCUGAAGAGAUGCCUGUGAUUUUCGUGAUCGAAUCUGUGAUGCGCACUUUGAAGAGGCAUCCACAUUUUCUGAAGAGUGAUUCCUGGGAUGCGCUUCUCACGGAAUACGGACAGAAACUCAUCCAACUGGAAACCUUAGGAAGAGCCUGGGCUGAUGAUGUUCGCCGGCAGAACACUGGGGAUUUCUUCAGUCGCCUCAAAUCCGUCGUCCUCAAGGUGUUGGAGGUUGCUGAGGGAAAUUACUCCCCAGGGAUCGUCGGGCUAGAGUUCUUCACAGAUCCGAUCAUGUGCAGCUACUUGGGCCACCUUUUCUUCGGAUUUUGCGCAGACAUGGACAACGAAGAGGAUGUCGUCGAAGCGGUGCGUUUCAUCGCGACUUGCGUGGAUUUGCCGAGUCGGUUGCAACGACUGAAUCUGCGUUUCGGCAAGAGUGACUACGACAGUGUGGUGGAGAUGGAAGUACGAGUGAUUAUGCGACACUUGUUGCUGAGCUGGCACGCGUCGAGAGUGUUGCCAUCAUCGGAGCUUGGCGAUGCUAAGACUAAAAGGGCGAGUCAACGUCAGCGUUUCGCCUGUACUGUGAUGAACGCAAUGCUUGAGGCUGUCGGAGACUAUCGCUUCUGUGUCAUGCUCGUCUUCGGUCCGACCUUGUGUGAAGAGACGCAUGUACUGGGUCCCUUCUUGCGCCAGUUGCGGAAAACUGAGCAAACGGAGAAUUUAUCUGAGUCAUCUCUCCGGUUUUUGGCUGCGUUCGACGGAGAAACAAAAACUGGUGAUGCAAUCACUGAUGAUGAGUCGAAGAAGCAGAAGACAAUGAUGAUGAUGAUGAUGCGAGUGCCAGUUUUGUCGGUGCGGCGAAUCAACUGGGAAUCGCAGUCGGAACGGGUUCUGCUGACGGGUUUCGACACGAGAAGAGAGUUGGCGGAAUUGGGAUCAUAUCUGAAAGUGCUUCUGGGAAAAGGGCACAGUUUGAAGGCUUUUCGUAUUUUUGAUCUCCUGACUUCUCAAGGGGAAAUGUGGUUCCCCGAGAACAGUGCUGCUUUGGCAACACUGGCUGGGGUUGAAAUGAUGCGUCACUUUGCUCGAACAGCCGUGAGACACCCGACUGGGCCGAUCUGCGAAAUCGCCGCCUUGAUUUUGUCCGAGUACAAGCUUAAUGAAGAUGUGGAAGAGACGGUGUCUGUGAUGGAGGAAUUCGGGGCGGAAGCUGAGUUCCGGUGGACGUUCGAAGAGUUGCGAGCGGAAGUUGUGAAUCGCAUCCGUCGCACUUGGCGGGAAAUCCUCGAGUCGUCAUCCAAGAACGACGACGACGAUGACCAUCAGCAGGGAAAUUCCUGGUUCGCUGAAGGCAUGGUUUGCUUGAACGUGAUCCGGGCACUCAUGGGCUACGAUAAUAUCCGCACGCAGUGAUGAUUGAUCGUAACGUCAGUUGAUUAAUUCGAGGAUGAUCGUGCGACGACGUGUUACUUUUUUUCUUUUUUAGAACUGUUCUUGUUGAUCUGAGAUUUAUGCUGAUGAUGUGUCGUCGAACGGGGAAUGUUGUUGUUGCUUCGUUCGUGUUUCCAUGAAAAGGGGAGAUUUUGCCAAAAUUUGACUGCUGUGAUUCGAACGAAACUAUACGAGAAGUACCUUGAGCUUUGCUCUCGAAAUUAGCGGAAACUGUUCAGUGAUGUUCUUCGUAAUACUCGUGACUGAAUUUUUUUUUGUACAGUACAGUACAUAUAUCAUCACCAACAGAAACAUGUAAGACGAUCCUGAAAGCGCAAUUUUUUUUAAAUAAAAUUUGCUUGCGUAUCGGCCGCACUUUGAUCGAGUCAAACCUUAUGCGGAUGAUAAACAAAUCAUGAAGAAAAAUCGAAUUAUAGUUUAGAAUAUUUUAUUUUCCAGUUGAUGAAUCAAGAAAUAUAACGGAUGACCCUUUAUUGCUGUAAAGGGCUCUAGAAAGCGUGAGCACGGUCGAAUUUUGGCUUCUGUGUUCCUAGGAAAUCUUAGGAAUAUAUCUAGAAUUAUUCCGAGUCUUUGUUCUUUUCAGCAUUACUUAUGGACCUUAUUUUGUUUGUAAAUAUGUUUGUAAUCAAGGAAAAAUCCAAUUUUGAUUCACUUUACAUGCGAAUAUGUGGCCGAUUAUUCGUCUAUGGACUCUAUGCCGUGAGUUCAUCAUAGUGAAUCAUUUUCGUGAAGAGUCAUCCUCCUGGAUUUGAUUUUGCAUCGUUUUCUCGCUGAAAAGAAAUGUCUACUCUUCUGUGCACAUCAUUGGGCGACAUUUCUUCGGCAGUUUAGAGAAUACCGAGUAUCCAAAAAGACUUCUGCAGUUAUCCUGUGUCACUGGACGGACAUUUUGAUCGACGUUUGUGUCUGAAAACAUUUUCUCAUUCGAAUCGAAAUUUAUGCGAGGACUUCUUUUAUGACAAACCAACGAUUCAAGUGCAAUGCGUUUUGUGAUGUUCUUGGACGAUUCGUUGUUCCACCAAAGGUGGUUGUUUUUCCUGGUAGAUCGAGAUGAAAAUUAGUUUCAAUCAAGCAGAGUGUCAUGGAUCUCAUAUGAUGGAAACUUUAGAGAAGUGUGUGUGUUCCGGAUUUGUAUAAGGAAUGAAGAACUUGGAUAUGAUA